GGGGAGGCAAUCCUGUCAAGUUUGUAUCAAAUGCAUGUCGUAGCCUUAACUUUAUUUAAUCUGUUAAUAAUAUUUUAUUAUUGAAAAAACCCACUGAAGACUACCUUGGGCUAAAGAUAAUACCAAGAAGUUUACAGAAACUCACGAUUGAAUUGCUUUAGUAAAAUGAAAGCAUUGUGCCUUAUUUUGUUUGCAAUAAGUUGCAUCUUUAUUGCUUCUGUGUACAAUAAGAAGCAUGAUGCAGUAGUCGAGGAUAAUGAUUUUGCUGAAUUUGAAGAGUUUGAAGAUGAAGAUGGCACUGUAACAGAGGAAGCUCCAGAACAAGAGAGGCAAGAAGUGAAAAAACAAGCUCCAACUUUUGAUCAAGAAGAAACCUUUGAGGAAGAUGAUGAUGAGGAAGAGGAGGAUGUUGUGGGAGAUGAUGAAUUUGACCAUUUGCAUGAUGAAGAGGAGUUUGAGAAUUUUGACAAAGAUAAAGAUACAUCCAAGAGCAAAACACCUGACAAGCUUCCUGAUUUACAGAUGGCUAAAGUCCCACUGCACUUGAGGACAAGCUGGGACAGUUUCUAUCUGGAGAUGUUAAUGAUUGCUGGGUUAACUGUUUACUUCCUCAAUUUUCUUGCUGGCAAGAAUAAAAACUGUAAACUUGCAACAGCUUGGCUGUCUGCUCAUAAAGAAUUGUUGGAGACACAGUUCAGUAUUGUUGGAGAUGAUGGUGUGGCUAAAGAUGUCACCAGUGGGAACCUCAUGAAGGAGUCUGAGAACGUGUAUGCACUUUGGUGCAGUGGGCGCUCCUGUGUUGAGGGUAUGUUGGUAGAGAUUAAACUUCUCAAGAGGCAGGACCUUAUCAAUCUGUUGUUGAGGAUCUUCAAACCAGCCUCAGACCAAGUGAUUGUGAGAGUUGAUAUUGAUGCAGGGAAGAUGGAAAACUGUAACUUUGUAUUUUGUGUUGCUCAGAAGCGAUCUGCAGCCAAACUUCACAAAGAUAUGAAUGAUUUGAGCCAGUUUACUGAGAAAAAGAGUACAGAGAAAUAUAAUAUACCUUCCUCCUACCAACUUUUGUCAGAGAUAGGGGAAGGAACUGCUGCUAUUUUAGAUAAAAAGGUGUGCCAACUUUUAACCACGUAUGAAGGUGUGAUAGAAUACAUCCAUGUGUCUGACCAGUAUUCCGGUGCUAAACUUCAAGAUGACAGUCAGACCACCAAGAUGCCUGAGACAAAGCCAUGUCUUAUCUUUUGUUUUACUGUUCCAGGGAAGGGGUCAACUCGUGCUAGUGAUAUGGAGAACUUAAAACCUUUGAUGCAGCUGGUCUUUUACUGCACUGAUAAGGUCACCCGUCUACAACUUAGCAAAGAGGCUAGAGUAAAAGCUGAGAAAAACCGUCAGAAAGCUGCGGAACUGUUCCUGAAGGCAGCUCACACUCAGAGACAAGAACUGGCCCAGCAGAGAAGGGAGGAGAAGAAGAGAGCAGAGAAGGAGAAGCUGAUGGCAGAGGAGGAUCCUGAUAGGGCUCGCAAGCUUGAGGAUCGAGAAAGCCGUAGAGAGUCUAAGAAAAAGCAGCCCAAGAUGAAAAUGAUGAAGAUCAAAGCCAUGUAAUGCUGGUCACCUCUGACCAGCUCUCACUGACACCAGUGGUCAUCUUUUCUGUCUUGCAUCUAUUUUCCUAGCUAUUAUUGUUGUAAUUUAAUCAGAACAUUUCUAAUGGGUUUACUGUCAAAAUAAUUUCACAUUUAAAAAAAUUUCCCCAAAAAUAUGGUCCUAUUUUUUUCUAAAAAUAUGAUGUAUUUUGUAUGCACAAUUUUAAAAUAACUUUUGAAGGCAUUCUUUAAUAAAGGUAAAGUGAAAUAAAAAACACAUCAACCUCCUCGGAAUAUCCAUUAUUACCUCCUUCUUCUGGAGAGUGCCUGCUAGAGACCGUUCAUAAGCUUUUAGUUCAGUCUUAUCAUAGCUGCAAUUAUUUACCUAUUUAAUUAUUUACAUCACAUUCUAUACUUAUCAGGGCUACAUUCUGAAUAUAUUUCACAAAGAUGUUUUUUCUCUCUUCGUAACACAAUUUAUUUUUAACCUGUUCCUAAGUAGUCAAGAAAAAUUGUAUCAAUCUUUGUAAAUUUUUUAAUGUAUUGUAAUCUAAGAGUAUUUAUGUUAGAUGUUUUAAAUAACAUUUUGAAUGGGGAAUCCUAGCUGAGGAUUCCUUGUGAUUUAAUGAUCGUUACAUUUAUUGUUUUAAGAUAAUACUUGGGACUUAACAGUGCAUUUAAAAAGCUAUGUUUUUGUUAGCAUAAUUUUUAAAAAUUACACUUGAUUGAAAUUUUUGUAUUUUGUUGGCAUUAAUUUCACUGCCAGAAACUGUUCAUUUUAUAACAGAUUGCACUGGGUCUUGUUGGAAUGCAUCCUACAUUUUUACUGUAAUGGCAGAUUACUAUGUUCCAUUGUAUAAAACAUCAUUUUGUCAUCUUUUAAUGGCUCAAAAUUUUGUCGUUGAGCUUGUGAAUGAUAAAGGUGUGUGUGAUUUUAACCUUUGAUUUUGUGGGGGAUGACCUUUUGACUGGACAGUGAUAAUGGCUGGUUUACUGGACAUGUGUACAUUGGUUGCUAGGGCACAAAGGGAGGUUAUAUGGCUGCCUGGGGUAGAACUGAUAGAAAUGUGUAUGAUCUCUCCUGUUUGUGAAGCAAUCUCUGCAAGAUGUUAAAAUUUAUUGUGAAAAGUCUUGGGUAAGAAUAUUUUAUUAGCACAUUCUUUAUGUAUGGGCAUUGUUUAGUAAUCUGAAGUGAUCAAAUUUGUAUGUGAAAGUGUGAUGCCAUCAUUCAUUUUGUCAUCAGUUUAGGAUUUCUUGCUUUGUUUACAAAAUGUUUUCUUACCUCAGACUUUCCAACCCACUUGACUAACAGAUGCAAAAUUUCUGAAGUAUAUUUAUCAGUUAGCUCCCCUGUUUAUUAAUUUUUUUUUUUUUUUUAAACAAAGUUUAGGCCUAAUGUAGUCAUUCUUUAAUUAUGGACUUAAAAACUCUGAAAUAAAAGAACCAACAAGGUACCAAUAAAUUAAUUAAUCCACU